GAACCGAAUAGGGUUUCUAACGUACAAAUUGGAUACGGAAAACUCCAAUCGGAUUCCCUUGGAAGCAACCUACCUCCAUAGUACAUACCGCUCUCUCUUUCUGCAAUAUUCUACGCACAUUUACCACGAAGUGGUGUGACACCGAAGAAAUCUCCUCAUACAACUGAUUCAUCUACGAAGGAAACGGUAAUCCAGAUUCAGGAAGCAACAAUGAUGCCAGCGCCAUCAAGUUCAUCAACCAAGAAAAGGCGAAAGAGAGGCGGAGGACAACAACAACAACAACAGCAACAGCAGCAGCAGCAAAACCCUGUGAUUGCGGAGUCCACUCGUAUUCAUAUUCGACGGACACUUGAACAGUUUCGGGCAUCCAAUGAUGAAGCUUACACAUUUGAAGCCAACCUUACAAACUUUGAACGUGCUGAGGUACACAAGUUAUGCAGAAAAAUGGGUAUGAAGUCGGCAAGUUCUGGGCCUAAAUCAGGGAAUAACAGGCGUGUUUCAGUUUACAAGUUCAAGGGGAAGCCAAAGAAUGUCAAAACCAAGAACGAUCUCACCUCUUUUACAUUUUCAGAAGAGGGAAAAGUAGUUUUGAGGGACUUUUUUUCUCUUUAUCCACCUGGUGAUCAAGGGGAGGGUGAAAAGAUCAUGUCCACAUCUAAGAAAAAUACUGAUAACAUACGAACAAAGACAGAUGAUAUUCUUUGCAAACCUUCAAUGAAAAAGGCUGAAAUUGCUGAAAAGUUUAAUUCAGUUGUUGCCAGAAUGGAAUCAGACCUCAAAUUGAAACAGAUUACUGAAGAUAGGUACAAACUUCCAAUUGCAUCCUUUAAGGAUGUUAUUACUUCAACAAUAGAAUCUCAUCAGAUUGUUCUCAUAUCUGGUGAAACUGGGUGUGGAAAGACAACACAGGUGCCUCAGUAUUUGUUGGAUUAUAUGUGGGGUAAGGGUAGUGCAUGUAAAAUAGUCUGCACCCAACCACGGCGGAUCUCUGCGAUAUCUGUUGCUGAAAGAAUAUCUCAUGAAAGAGGUGAAUCUAUUGGAGAGAGUGUUGGAUACAAGAUAAGAUUAGAGAACAAAGGUGGAAGACAUUCAUCUAUUGUGUUUUGCACAAAUGGUGUCUUAUUGAGGGUCUUAGUAAAAGCUGGCAAUGGAAGAUCUGGAAGAGAAGCUUCAGCAAAGAUGGUCAAGGAUACAUUUCCUGACAUCACUCACAUCAUUGUGGAUGAAAUUCAUGAGAGGGACAGAUUUUCUGAUUUUAUGCUAACAAUCAUCAGAGAUAUGCUUCCAUUAUAUCCUCAUCUACGUGUGGUAUUGAUGAGUGCUACACUUGAUGCUGAACGAUUUUCUCAGUACUUUGGAGGCUGCCCAAUCAUACGUGUCCCUGGCUUCACUUACAAUGUGAAGAGGCUCUAUUUAGAAGAUGUACUUUUGCUUGUGAAGUCAAAAAAAGAUUGUCACCUUGAUUGCACUUCAAAAACAAAUGUAGAUGAAAACUCUCAAUUAACUGAAGAAUUCAAACUUGCCCUUGAAGAAGCAAUUCACAUAGCUUGGUCAACCGAUGAGAUUGACUCUCUUUUAGAUAUUGUUUCAAGUGGUGGAGAAAAUUUUCUCAAUUUUCAGCACUCUGUAACUGGGGUUACACCAUUAAUGGUGUUUGCUAGAAAAGGAAGAGUAGGUGACAUGUGCAUGCUUCUCUCUUUGGGUGCCAACUGUCAUUUACAAGAUAAAGAAGGAAAAACCGCACUUGCGUGGGCCCUACAUGUAAACCAAAAUGAAACUUCAGAUAUUUUAAGAAAACAUGUAAACGCAACCUCAGUAGGUUCCAAAGAUUCCAAAGAAGAACAGGUUUUACUCGAUAGAUACUUACAAGAUGUGAACCCUGAAUUAAUCGAUGUUAUCCUUAUAGAACAAUUAUUAAGAAAAAUAUGUACAGAAUCACAAGAAGGAGCUGUUCUUGUUUUUCUACCAGGGUGGGAUGAUAUAAAUAAAGCACGUGACAGAUUAACUUCUAGUGCUCUGUUUAAAGAUUCUUCCAAGUUUUUGAUAUUGGCUCUUCAUUCCAUGGUUCCAUCUAUAGAACAAAAGAAGGUCUUCAAAAGGCCUCCACAGGGUUGCAGGAAAAUCAUUCUCUCAACCAAUAUAGCUGAGACAGCUGUCACGAUUGAUGAUGUUGUUUUUGUGAUAGAUAGUGGAAGGAUGAAAGAAAAAAGCUAUGACCCGUAUAAUAAAGUUUCAACUCUUCAAUCUUCUUGGAUCUCACAAGCAAGUGCAAAGCAACGAGAGGGUCGGGCAGGAAGAUGCCAGCCUGGAAUAUGUUAUCAUUUGUAUUCAAAACUUCGGGCAGCUUCCCUGCCCGAAUUCCAAGUGCCCGAGAUUAAGAGAACACCAAUUGAAGAACUUUGUUUACAGGUAAAGAUUCUUGAUCCGGGAUGCAAAAUAGAAGAUUUCUUGAAAAAAACAUUAGAUCCACCUGUUUCAGAAGCUAUCCAUAAUGCGAUUACUGUUCUUCAAGAUAUUGGAGCUUUAUCACCAAAUGAAGAACUCACAGAACUCGGUGAAAAACUCGGGUCUAUCCCUGUUCAUCCGUUAACAAGCAAAAUGCUUCUUUUUGCUAUAUCCAUGGACUGCAUUGACCCUGCGUUGACUUUAGCUUGUGCAAAUGACUACAGAGACCCUUUCACUCUUCCAAUGUUACCAAAUGACAAAAGAAAAGCAGCAAAUGCUAAAUGUGAGUUAGCUUCAUUAUACGGUGGACAUGGUGAUCAAUUAGCCACAAUAGCUGCUUUUGAAUGCUGGAAAAAUGCCAAACAAAGGGGACAAGAAUCGAGAUUCUGUGCUCAGUAUUUUGUGUCUGGAGGUGUUAUGAAUAUGUUAUUUGGAAUGCGAAAGCAACUUCAAAAUGAACUUUAUAGAAACGGAUUUAUUCCUGAAAAUUCUUCAAGGUUUAGUGCAAAUGCUCAGGAUAUUGGUGUAAUUCAUGCGGUUCUUGUCGCAGGGUUGUACCCUAUGGUGGGAAAAUUACACCCACCGAAAAAAAAUGCAAAAAGAAUUGUUAUUGAAAAUGCAAACAAUGAUAAGGUGAGAUUGCACCCUCAGUCGGUCAACUCUAAGUUGACUUUCAAGAAAAAAGAUUAUUGUCCUUUGGUGAUAUAUGAUGAGAUAACACGUGGAGAUGGGGGUUUGCAUAUUAAGAACUGUAGUAUUGUUGGACCACUUCCUUUGUUAUUGUUGGCAACUGAGAUUGCUGUGGCCCCACUUGAUGAUGUCAGCGAUGAUGACGAUGACGAUGAUGUCAGCUUUGAGGGUAGUGAUGAAGAAGGUUAUGACGGAGAAAAGGGAGAUAGACUUAUGUCUGACCCUGAGAAUGUGGUCAAAGUUGUUGCGGACAGGUGGCUUUCGUUUGAGUCUACAGCUCUUGAUGUUGCUCAGAUAUAUUGCUUAAGAGAAAGGUUGUCUGCUGCAAUCAUGUUUAAGAUUACACAUCCAGGAAAAGAUCUUCCGGAACUUCUUGCAGCCUCCAUACACGCAAUAGCGAAUGUACUUUCUUACGAUGGCCUCGCUGGCAUCAACGCGCCACUUGUAUCCGUUGACUCGUUGACUUCAAUGGUAAGAGAAACCGACAUCGGGCAGCCGCCAGCUGGCGGAAAUAAAGGCAAAUUCAAGAAUUCAAACAACUUUCUUGGAUCGCUUUUAUAUAAUAAUGAUUCACAGAGACAAUGGUCAGGGAGGCCCAGACAUCAUGGUCAUCAUCAUCCAUCUACUUCUUAUUCUACACAAAGAAAUGAACAUCAGAUUCAGAAUUCAAAUUCACAGGGUGGCAUGGGGAAUGUUCAUGAGGGAAACAGGAAUGAAUUGAAUGGUUUGGGUUCGAGGGUUGACUCUUUGAAGCGCCAUCGUGGAAGCAGAGCUUGAUUUGAUUGUAUUUUGAUGGUUGUAUGAUGUAAUGUGAAUUGGGUUUUGAUUCAAAUGGGGUUACCCUUUUAUGUAAACAAUGUUGUUUGACGUGGUAGCCAUUUUGAAUGUGUUGUUAGCUUGUUAUUGUAGGGUGCGUGUGUUUCUUAUACAGGAUUGGACUAGAGUAGACAGGACUGGGCAAACUUUUAGGUCUCUAUUUGGAUACACGAUCCCACUUUUUUGGGUGGGACAAUCGUAAUUUGUCUUAUUGAAUCAGUUCCGG